UAAGGACCCUCAUCACUUUCAUCCUUGAUUGAGUGUAUGUACACAUACAACCGAAUAAAUAAAUAAGAAACAAAAAAAAAAUGGCGAAUAAGGUUGGGCUCCUCGCGUUGGCUGUAGCUUCCCUGGUAGCCAUGGCGAAUGGGCAAGUGGGCGGAAGAACGGAGAUUGCUGAUGCAAAGGCGAACAAGCAAGUCCAGGAAUUGGGGAAAUACUGCGUGGCAGAGUAUAACAAGGGGCUGAAAGUCGAGGGCAGCGAUAAUGGCGGCUCCAUCACCUUCUCUGAGGUCGUCAAGGCCGAGAAGCAGGUGGUUGCCGGAAUGAAAUAUUACCUCCGCAUCACCGCCACAACAUCCGCCGGCGCCACCAAGACGUUCGAUGCGGAAGUUAUGGUCAAGCCCCGUGCCACGGAGAAGAAGCUACUUACCUUCGCACCCUCUAAACUGGCUUAAUAUCAUUAUUAUAUAUUAUUAAUUAGCACCGCCUUCAUCCCAUCCGAUUACAUAGAGUAUUAGUUACCCGCCCCUCCAUCCAAUAUAAUUCAUCCCUAGGUUUUUUUACGGUGAUAAAGAUCUAUUUUGUCACAUAGGGUUUUUCAUUAAUAAAGACUAAUUUAUUACUUUGUAUGUAUGGUAUUACUAAUUUAUUACAUCUUUGCAGGUGAAAAAAUGUUGUCUUAAUUAAUGAAUCAUGUAAUAACUCCAUA